AUGUCAACUAAGGAUGUUCUCCAAGGUCAGUCCCUCAACAAGCGAUCAAAAGGUGCAGAAAACCUCUCGAGCGUGUCUCUUGACUCAAAUCAACAACCUCGAGCUACGAGAGGCAAGCAGAAACCACCGAAGAACCAGAAUCGGCGGAGUCAUACCAAAUCUAGGCAAGGCUGCUUUACAUGCAAAUUACGCAAGAUCAAGUGCGAUGAAGGCCACCCAUCUUGUUCGCAUUGUCUUUAUAGGGGUAACACCUGCAUUUACCCGCCGCGCAAUGCAGAUGCUCGUGCAGGUGCAAGCGCGGGUCGGCUGCCACCAAAUCCGGGACGAACUUUUGUUCCCUUCCGGCCUGAAGUUGAGCUUCUAGCACCACCAUCCCAGAAGUUGGGCUUUACCGCACAGGAAUUGAGAUUCUUUCACUACUUCCUAACUUCCAUGAAGCAUCCAUUGCCGCUUGGGAAUCGUUCAGUCUGGAUUCAAGAGAUACCACAGAUCUCGCAUGAAUACCCUUUCUUGAUGCACGCCAUCCUUGCCCUUGGAGCCUCAGAAAUGGAGCGCGCAAACUUGCAUCUGGCAGCGCCUUCUAAUGUAUUGAAGCAUCGGGGCCGUGCGAUAGCAGGUUUGAACAGGGCCCUGGACGACUCGAACUCAUGGAGUACUUAUGGCCACCCUGAUGCCGUGUUAGCAACGUGUUAUGCACUGAUAUACCAAUCGUCGCGCAUUUCGGAUGCUAUGAAAGACUUCUCGGUACUCGUCCAGGGCUGUGCCUUGAUCACAAACAAAAUCCAACAAUCAAGAUUGAAGACGGUCAUGAAUGUCAGCCCGGACUGGCCACGCCACCAAAUCGAACCGGCAUUGCAGGUUAUUCAAGCAAAUCUGCAUGAGCACCAUAUGGUGCUGGUCAAAACAGGUCUAGAAUGCCUUCAGGAGAUCCAAGAAACCACAACUCUAUCAGAAGAACUACUCUUUUUCAAGGCAUGCUUUGUGACCCUGGAACAAUUCUACAUGUCGCCAGUAGAGGGCUACACAUUCUCCAUCACUCGUUAUAGUGCGUGGUACCGUCUGGCUGGCGGUAUGUUGGAAGCUCUACGCGAUCCAGACAAUUGGACUGUUCUCGUUCUUGUUGCCUCUUUCAUGGCAAACAUGAUACUGCUCAAAGUAUUGAUACCGAUUCAUGCAUGGCCAGACGGUAAAGAUCGACUCCCUUUCUGCACACUUCGUCGGAUGAUGCUCUGGAUUGAGGCAAUAGACGAACAUGUGGAGAAAUCUCGCCGCCGACAUAUUACGUGGGCAAGAGACAUAGUGAGCCUAGUGCCGAUGGCGGCACCCCAAGUACACUACAACGAUUCGAGGGUCGAUCAAGGCGCAUCAAGGAUCGAUCUUCUGCACGAGCUCCCGAGCAGUGCACAUAUGGUUCUCGGCGAAGUCCUGCGACUAGGCUCUGAAGUGACAGCAUGGUUCGAGGAAUUCGUUUCGGACAUGUACCAGACCUCGCAGAAAGUAAUACAGCCAACUGGAGGCAUUCAUGCCAUCCCCGCCCCGUCGAUGCUUGUACCACCAUCAAAUCUGCCAUCGGCCUACGGUUCACCACCAGCAAUGCAAAAUUUAUUGCAACCCCUUGAAUUCCCAAAUGCAGCUCAGUUGCUGACGACGAACACCAUGGACCACGGGGGAGAUGAAGCCUACGGAAAUCCUCCCCCCGGUCUCUCGGCAAUGGACUCUGACACUUUCCCGUUUGAAAUCUUUUCCGAGUUGGACGCAGUAAGGAAUGUAGGGCAGAGAACGACUUAUCAUCUGGACAACAUCAAUGAUGACAACGAGAUAUUCGAUAUAUUUCAUGACUAA